UGCACCAAUUUUUAAACCCUUCCUCCGGUAGUAACAGUUACUACCAAAGCUCAUCUCGCCUUGAACUGUUCGAGAUAUACAGAUUUAAGAUUUUACAAGGAAAUUUAGAUUUAAAACACAAGCUAAUAAAGGAGAAGGACCAUCAUCAUCAUCACGGAAGAUAACUUGAAAGACAAAGCUGACACGUUUCCGGCCCCUUUCAUCAUUUGGAGAAGACGACCACUCCCGCUAUUUUAACUCGGACCGAGACUACAGUCGCGUAGAGAGAGAGAGAGAGAGAUAGAGAGAGAGAGAGAGAGAGAGAGGGAGGAUGGCAAUGACUACCAGGUGUCCUGAAGACGACGAGUACGAGAGCAGCGGCUCGUCUUCCGGUACCACCACCGCCGCCGCCGCCGCUGCUACUACCACCACCGGCCAGAACUCGAGCACCAACAGCCGCAUCAGCGACUUGAGUUUCAGUAGCUCGAGCUCGACCGCCUCUGUUCGUAAGCCGGCAUCUGUUAGCAUCACGGUAGGCAAGCCCCAUAAGGCAAAUCAAGCGGCGUGGGAAGCGAUGAAGCUGCUGAGGAGAGAGAAAGGUACGGUGGGACUCGACCAUUUCCGCCUCCUCCGGCGGGUGGGCAGCGGCGACAUAGGCAAUGUUUACCUCUGCCAGCUGCGCUACCCCUUUUUCUCCACAUGCCUCUACGCCAUGAAGGUAGUGGAUCGGGAGGCGUUGGUGGUGAGGAACAAGCUGCAGAGAGCGGAGAUGGAGAAGGAGAUACUGGCGACGCUGGACCAUCCUUUCCUCCCGACGCUUUAUGCGCAGUUCGAGGCCUCGCAUUACUCGUGCUUGGUCAUGGAGUACUGCCCUGGUGGUGACCUCCACACCGUCCGGCAGCGUCAGCCAAACAGGCGGUUCUCCGUUUCCUCCGCCAAGUUCUAUGCGGCAGAGGUGCUGUUAGCCCUGGAGUAUCUGCAUAUGAUGGGAGUGGUUUAUAGAGACCUGAAGCCUGAAAAUGUGCUUGUUCGGGAAGAUGGGCACAUAAUGCUUUCUGAUUUCGACCUCUCCCUCAAAUGCGAUGUGGUUCCGAAACUCCUCAAGCCGAAGCCGAGCACAGAUGAAGAUUCUGCCGAGCAGCAAUGUGAAGUUGCAGAUCAUGCCUACUCUUGUGCACUACCUAUGCAGCCUGUAAUCUCAUGCUUCUCUGUGGCUAAAGGUGUUAAUGGAUCUCGAAAGAACCCGAAGCAUAUCACUGUUAUUACUGCCACCACCAUGAGCACCACCACCACCACUACCACCACGAACACCGCCUCCUCCACCACCACCACUGUGAAAAAGCUUGCAAAGGAACCGAGCCCGGAGGUGGUCGUCGAACCCAUUAAUGCUAGGUCGAAAUCAUUCGUCGGCACGCAUGAGUACUUGGCGCCGGAGGUGAUCUCGGGAAUGGGUCAUGGCAGCGCCGUAGACUGGUGGACCUUUGGAGUGUUCUUGUAUGAGAUGCUGUAUGGGAGAACACCGUUUAGAGGUGACAACAAUGAGAAAACACUGAUCAACAUAAUCAAGCAGCCUCUGAGCUUCCAAAAGAUUGUUGCCGGAUGCAGUGACUUUGAUGAGAUGGUGAGAGCCCAAGACUUGAUAAGCAAACUGUUGAUGAAGAACCCAAAAAAGAGAAUUGGGUUCCUGAAAGGGUCUGUGGAGAUCAAGAGUCACGAGUUUUUCAGAGGCGUCAACUGGGCACUGAUCAGAUCGGUUAGACCACCGGAAGUGCCGUCUCAACUGAUGAGCAAGAGCAGCAGCAGCAGAGGCAAGCCACAGGGGAACCAAGUGCAGAGGGAUGCAGCUUACACGGUUCCUGCACACUUCGACUACUUCUAGUUGGAAAAAAUAACAUAACCCACAAACUUGCUUGACGUAAGUCACCUUUUGGACAGAAAAUCAAGACCAAACUUUCGUUCUAAGGCCUGCUCUGAGUCCGCCUUCUUUUCUUUUUUAAACCUAAGCCCAGCGAGAGAGAUAUAUUGAUUUGGAAGGCGCGAACGAUGGAG